UUGGUUGUUGCAAUGACCAAUCGUGACACUGAACUGUAACUUCUAACAAAAACAAGAAAGAAUUUCUUGUAGCUGCUGCAAUUUUUCCAGUUUUAAUCGUUUACACUUGGAAUUUCUGCACUCAGCAUGUCGCGUCGCAGUCAAGACAUUCCCAUACGGCCACGAUACGGAUACACGGACGAAGCGGAAGGAGAAGAAGCCGCCACCAACCACAACAAGGUGCCACAACAAAGAAACAAUUGUGGAACGCCCGCAUCCUACUCGGAGAUUCCCUUCCUGGCACAAUACGCAGGUCCUGUGCCGGAUCAUGUGCUGCAGGAUAUUACCCCAACGGCGAAGAAAGUGCCACCACUGGGUAGCGGCAACGAGAGCUAUGUGAAUCUGGACUCGGGUGACGAUGACAACGAUGAUGAUGACGACGAUGAGGACGAGGACGAGGAGCCGAGCAACAGCAACUCCAAGGACAGCUCCGGUGAGCUGAGCAAACCCUCAAAUCGCCCAAAGUCACUGCAAUCCACAUUUCCCUAUGAACUGGAGGGCGAAGGUGCCACCAGCAGCACGGGCGCUAUGCAUCACUUUGUGGCACACAAUCUGGAGUCGAAGUUGCGUGCAGCCACCGACAAUUCAAACUUGAACUCGGAGCACACAACGCCAUCGACAUCAACGGCGCCCAUCUCGAGAUUUCUGCAAUCGCGUCACGUGCCCGAGGUGGAUGGCAAUGUAUUAAGCGACAUUGAGCUGGAAGCCCAAUAUCUGGCCACAUCGGUGGAUAAUCUCGUAGAGAAUCUGGGCAAUCUGUUGCACUCGAUCUCCUCCAUUACCGCGGAUAACGUUGAGGUGCACAAGAAUUCGGUAAAGAAGCUAACGGAUGCUCUCGAUGCCAAUAUCAAGUGUCAGUAUCAGUUGCUGGCCAAGACCGAGGAGAUCACCAAGUCGAUGAAACCCACCGAGCAGCUUAGUCAACGCAUACGGGAGAUAAAACGGCUGGUGGACAUGCUGGACAGCACAAUGUAGGAGGAAGCCGGCAGCGGAGGCGAGGGUGGAGGAGUUGGCGUUGGAGGCGUGGACUUCUCUGCUGCACUUCAUCAGCUGCAAUUUGACUCGGCCAUGGAAUUCGAAUUUGGAGGUUCGCCAUGUGCUUUUCUUUAGUGCAUUCCAUUCCAAUGUUUUGCUGCACACACUUCUAGUCAUAUUUUUAUGUAUAUUCAAUUCUUGUUAAUUUAUUAGACUUAAUUAAAUCAAAUUACCUUAAACUAUAUCAGUGUUAUUGAAAUUUAAACUACGCGCUUCAUAUCGAUUGUCGAUAACAAUAGAACGUACCAUAUCGAUUGUUGUCUCUUCCGGCAUAUCGAGGUGUGUGCAGCAGUGUGACCCUCACCUUAUUUAUUAAUGUUUUUAACGUAUAUCUAAUUACUUUAAAGAGUAUAUUGGCUUCGUAAGAGUUUUUAACAACAUUUUUAAACUUUUUUUUUAUUAUUGAAAUAUAAAAAUAAAUUGAUACGAGUUUUCUGUUGCUGUUUUUGAAUUUUGUCUAUCAAGUCUGUUUGCCUAUUUGGUAUAUUUUUGGUAUACUUUGGCAACCUUAAAUAGCAUGUUUUGAAAAUACCGUUUGCGGUCACCCUACACACUCGCCAACAGUCUACUAAAAACGCUCGAACAACGCGGACGGAAAGUCGCUCGUUCUUCCCGGGCUCGUGUAAAAAGAAAAAAAAGUGAGAAAAAUUUUUGAUUGUGAUUCAUGCGUGCGUGUGUGCGUGCGUAUACGUGAGCGUGAGUGAAACAGAGCGAGCGAGCGAAACAUGGCGAGUGUUUUAAUAACGCAAAUUCAAUUACACUUUCUAUAAUUCAAAUUCUGUUUCCCAUUUGUUGUAAUGCGGCCAAGAAGUGUUUACGCGCAGUGUGAAUGCUUUUAUACCCUUUAAUUUCCUCUCGCAUCCCUCGAAACAACAUCAUCAAAAUAAAUGAAAAAUUCUCUUUUUAAUUUGACAUAAAUUGUAAAUGUCUUUAAAAAUAUCUGUAAAUAAAUAAUCAAUCAAUAACAAUCGUAAAGGCGCAGACCAAAGUCAACACAUUUUGGUCACGUUGGAAAUUGCAAACGUAAUUCUUUUUUUUUUUGUACAGUAAAUUAAAUUGUAAGAAGGCAAAAUUCUGAUGAAUAUUGAGCCAAGGCAAAAGCAACAAUAGAAGCAAACAAGCAAGUAGUAGCAAACAAGGCGACAACCGAAUCUAAUCAAAUCCAAUUAGAAGCGAAUUUUAAAUUCAACAAAAGCAGC